GCGUUGCGUGCGCAGGGGGAUAGGAGGCCGCGCUGAUUCCCUGCCAGGGUUCUCUAUUUUGGGCAGGGGGAUGUUGGCGCAGGCCCUUCUCCCCAGCUCUAGACGUCGCCACUGCCCUCCGUAAGCUUAUCGAAGCAGCGGCUCAAGUGUGACGUCUCCUUUCCCUCCGAGCGCCUAGUCCUGAGCUCGCGCCAUCCCUGCUUCGGAUUUAAACAGCGGGCAGCUGUUCCGGUGCCGGAUAGGGGAGUGCACAUCGGUGCCCUGGACCGCGUAUUUCCCAGCUACUUGUACCCUCGAAAAGACUAGGGCCCAGGACCUACGAGGGACGCCGGGACGGCGGACCGGAGCUGAGAGCGGGAGCGGGGCCGCUCGGGCGGCCGACGGCGCACGCGCUCGGUGCGCGUUGGGGGCGGGGCUGCGUCGGGGCGGGGCCAGCGCGCGCGGGAAGCGCCCACGGGGAGGCCGGCCGGCUCCUCAGCGCCGCGCGUCAUGGCCCUCUCGGUUCCCGGCUACUCGCCCAGUUUCAGGAAGCCUCCCGAGACUUUGCGGCUCCGACGGAAAAGGGUCCGGAGCCUUGAGGCCGCCGCUUCACCCAGGGAGCAGCCCGAGCCGGCGCCCCGCCGCGCCGCUCUGGCCGCCGGGCUGCUCCUCCGCCCCUUCCCGGCGGCUGCAGGCAGAGGCGGCGGCGACCCGGCCGCGGCCCGCAGGAACCCCUUCGCCCGCCUGGAUAACCGGCCGCCGGCCGCCGCGGAGCCCCCCGACGGGCCGCCCCGCGGCCAGCAGGAGGCGCAGGACCCGUGUUUAGAUUCUAAUCAAGAAAAUGAUUUGCUCUGGGAAGAGAAGUUCCCCGAAAGAACAGCCGUGGCCGAGUUACUCCAGACUCCACAAGUAUCAUUCUCCAAAUCUGAUAUUCCAUCCUCAGAAAGUACUGAGUUACCUGUGGACUGGAGUAUUAAAACUCGACUCCUUUUCACCUCUUCUCAACCCUUUACCUGGGCAGAUCAUUUGAAAGCACAGGAAGAGGCUCAAGGUAUCAUCCAGCAUUGUAGGGCAACAGAAGUUACUUUGCCUCAAAGUAUACAGGAUCCCAAACUCUCCACUGAGCUCCGAUGUGCCUUCCAGCAGAGCCUUCUCUAUUGGCUCCACCCUGCCUUUCCUUGGCUGCCUCUGUUCCCUCGCAUUGGAGCUGAUCGAAAAAUGACUGGAAAGAUAAGCCCUUGGUCAAAUGACGAAACCUUGCAACACAUUUUAAUGAGCGAUUGUGGCCGCUUCCUUUCUCAGCAGAAGCUGCUCAGAGAAAGUCAGCACCCAGUUACCAAGUCUGUGAGCUUCACUUCUCUAUAUAAUUUGCUGAAGACAAAACUUUGCCCAUAUUUCUACGUUUGUACCUAUCAGUUUACUAUCCUGUUCCGUGCAGCAGGCUUAGCAGGAAAUGAUGUAAUCACAGCUCUCAUGUCUCCAACAACUAGAGGAAUAAGAGAAGCUAUGAAAAAUGAAGGUAUUGAAUUUUCUCUGCCGUUAAUAAAAGAAAAUGGCUAUCAGAAGAAAAAGACAUCUGGAACAAGCUUGGGAAAUGGAGAGGAACAAGUAAUCAGUGAUGAUGAUGAUGAAGAUGAAAGUUUUUCCUGGCUGGAAGAGAUAGGUGUGCAAGACAAAAUUAAAAAACCAGACAUACUCUCUAUCAAGCUACGCAAAGAGAAACAUGAAGUGCAAAUGGACCACAGACCUGAGUCUGUUGUGUUGGUGAAGGGAAUGAACACCCUUACAUUGCUGAAUUUUUUGAUAAACUCUAAGAGUUUAAUUGCAAGCUCAGGCCCACAGGCAGGACUUCCACCAACCCUCUUAUCCCCUGUAGCUUUCCGAGGUGCCACAAUGCAAAUGCUUAAGGCACGAAGUGUAAAUGUGAAGACACAAGCUGUUUCUGGAUACAAAGAUCAAUUUAGUUUGGAGAUUACAGGUCCUAUCAUGCCUCAUUCUCUACAUUCUGUGACCAUGCUACUCAAAUCUUCACAGAAUGGGUCAUUUUCUGCUGGACUGUAUACACAUGAGCCAACUGCUGUAUUUAAUAUCUGCCUGCCAGUGAAUAAAAUACUGGAUAAGGAGACACUUCAGGAGGAGCUUGGUAACUGUGGGUUGCACCCUAAGACUCUGGACCAACUUAGUCAAAUACCAACACUGGGAAAAUCAUCUUUACGGCUUGUGGAAUUGAGUGACUUCGUUUAUAAUUGGAGAUCCUGAACACCAAAGUAAGCCUAAAAGGAAUCUUUGAGGAAAAAGCCUUCUAGCAAGGAAAUUCAAGAUUCUUAUACCUUUGGCUCUAAAGUUCAUUUUGGAAGUUAAAGGAAUAGAACUUUAAAAUAUUCAAGUGUUGAUAAACAACCUUUUAGCUUAAUUUUUAUUACGUGCAUUAAGCAAAAGGAUUAAGGCUUUAAAUCAACAUUUUGUUUUUACUAUUCUGAUUAGAUAAUUCAGGUAUAAAGAUAACUCCCAACUCUUAAAAAACCUCAGAAACUUGAAUGAGACUUCCAGACCCUUACAAGCUAAUUAUAAACGGAGUAGAAAAUGGAGUAUUAUGAAUGUCAGUGUUGCCUUGAAAAUGGCAAACUGAAGCUAAGUUAGUAUUAAUUAUCUACUGGCAUUUUGUGACCGAUGGCAUCAGGGCAAAACCAUAUUUGACCAUUUACCUAUACCUACAGUUAUAUGCAGGUUCUAGAUUAUAAAGAUACAAAUGUAGACAAAUUCGUAUUUGUAGACAAAUAGCUAAUUGUUGAUGUCUCUACCUUAGUUGCCUUCAUUCUCAUUUCUAAUUCCUCCAUUUUCAAAUAUAUUAAAUUUUUUUUUAAUGCAUGUUAAUUCAAAGAGGGGUAUUUUGUAUUCCACAUAGAAUAGUGUUAAUUGUAAAGUGUGCUCAGCUGUCAUGGUAAAGGAGUAUUUCAUGUUCUUGUAGGUAUUUGUGUGUGUGCACGCGCGAGUGUGUGUUGUGUGUGUAAUUCAAAUUUCCUUAAAAUAAAAGGACGUAGAAAUCAAAA